CUUCCUGGUGCGACAGCGAUGGCGGACGGCGACUACGAGUCGGUGCUGUGCGUGAAGCCCGAGGUGCACGUGUAUCGCGUGCCGCCGCGCGCCUCCAACCGCGGACACCGGGCUGCAGAAUGGCAGCUGGACCAGCCAGCGUGGAGCGGCAGGCUGCGGAUCACGUCGAAGGGGAAGAUGGCAUUCAUCAAACUUGAGGAUAAGACUACAGGGGAGCUCUUUGCCCAGGCCCCCGUGGACCAGUUUCCUGGCAUCGCUGUGGAGAGUGUGACGGAUUCCAGCCGAUAUUUUGUCAUUCGGAUUGAAGAUGGAAAUGGGCGCCGCGCGUUCAUCGGCGUGGGGUUUGUGGACCGAGGUGAUGCCUUCGACUUCAACGUCACCCUGCAAGACCAUUUCAAGUGGGUUAGGCAGCAAAGCGAAUUCGCAAAACAGGCCCAGAACCCAGAGCAGGGGCCUAAACUGGACCUGAGCUUCAAGGAGGGACAGACCAUCAAACUCAACAUUGCGAAUAUAAAGAAGAAAGAAGGCACUGCAGUGAGCAGCAGAUCGCGCCUGGCGGGGCCAGGGGGCCUGAGCCUACUCCCACCUCCCCCUGGAGGGAAGGGGCCAGCCGUGAUCCCUCCCUUAGGGGAGCAGCUUCCAUCAUUUCCCACACACUCCCAGCUACCAGGCCCUGCUAACCCAGAUACCCCUUUGCCUUGGCCACAGCCCAGUGCCGCCGCCGCCACCGAUGUCUGGGGAGAUUUUGCCAAAGCUUCAGGGUCUGCUUCCAGCCAGAAUCAGCAGAGCACGGGCUGGGUUCAAUUUUAAUCAAGACGCCUCUUUCUGCUUUCCUGUGGGGACAUUGGGGAAGGAACCUGUUCUCUUCACUGUGGACCAAACGACGGGGGAAAGCAGCCCAACGCCCUCACGCCAAAGAGAGCAGGCUGAAGCCCCCGACCCCUCCCUCAUGGCAGCCUCUGUCAUUUCCGUGGGCAUUACAGGAAAGGAGCGAGAGCCAUGCAGAAUCAAGUGUCCUGUGACUGCCAUGCUGAACUAAGUGCUCUGGCGCUGGGGAGUGAAUGCCUUAACCCUGGGAGCCUGUGUGUGCUCCUGGGAAAAACCCACAGCAGGGGCCCUUAAUUCAGUGCUCAGAUCACAGUCGACAUGGUGGGUGCUGCUCUCCUCCAGACCAGCACGCUGUGGUGCUUGCACACAUCCAGGAAUGCUCCUUUUCGUGUCUUCUUCCCUUUGCUUCCUAUAACCGCACUCUGGUUAAUGCGAAUGAAGGUCACCAAAGACAGAGAUGUGACUUGUGUUCCCUUGAAGCAGCAGAAGGCUGGAGGAGAGCUAGGAGCGGUAUCGGAAGACUUGGGUUUGCUUUAAGUCUUCUCUGUAUUUCGCUGGCUGCUGCUGGUGGUCUGUGCAAUACGUAGGGAGCUGUACUGGCCUGUGCAGCAGAGGGUCUAACGGGCCAACAGCUGGCUACCAGUGGCUAAUAAUGCACUGCUGGGUUGUCCCCUGUACUCUUCUCACCUUGAAUGCUUCACACAGUAGAAGAACCGUUCCCCGUCUCAGAGUGGGACGGAUGAAGGAGUGUUC